CCGAAAAUUCUUUCGUAAAAUUGGAUUAGUUUAAAGAAAGCGUGUUUAAAGUGCUUCCGCUUAAUAUUAGACGAAUUUGUGGCUGCAUUCAUACACAUUUCUUUUGCACUAUACCUAUCUACAUUUAUAAGAAAUUAUAGUAUAAUGCCAGAAGACAACUAUUAUUGGACAGACAACUUCUUCCAAAAAAUGACAGACUUGGAGUCACCCAAGAAAAAUAAUGACUGUUAUUUCUACUAUUAUUCAACAUGUUCCAAAGGUGACAGUUGUGCAUUUCGACAUGAACCAUCAGCCUUGGGCUGCGAGACCAUGUGUUCUUUUUGGAAGGAAGGGAAAUGCCUAAAUGUUCAUUGCAAUUUCCGGCAUAUGGAACUCAGGAAAAAUCGAAAAGCAAUCCCCUGCUACUGGGAAUCACAACCUGUUGGGUGUUUAAAGCCACAUUGCCCAUUUAUGCAUCAGGUAGCAAGUCAGAGAUCAGAAGGACCUAAUGAUGCUUUAAAUAAAUCAGAAAACAUGAUUCCUGAAAACUGUACCCAGGCAAGUACGUUUAAGAGCACAUCUUCAGUUGACAGUCUGGUUGUUAACUUUGAAGAAGAGUCCGACAAUGAAUCCGGUACAUCGCCGUCGCCUGUAAAAAUCGGAGAUUCCAAUGCAAAAACCCUAGAGGAGAUUAAACUGGAGAAAAUUGCUGAGGCUGGCGCUGCUUACUAUUCGUAUCAUGAUCAUACUCAGACUGACUACCAAAUGGAACUUGACGAGGAUGAUCUCCGGCAAAGACUCUUAAAGCGCGUGCGACAUAGUGAAAUGCCACGGAAAUUAAGUCGACUUGAAUUGUCUCGCAUUCUUGGAGACAAAUCGUUGGAAGUUUCCCAUACUGAUAGUUUUGCAAAAUCUCAGGAACCCUACCCUUUUAAACGACAAAAAAUGGAAUCCCCGUGUGAAAUCAAAAUUAAAACCCUGGAAGAAAUACGACUUGAAAAAAUUAGGAAGAAACAGGAAAAAGAGACCGCAGAAGUACCUAUGAUUUUAAAUGAUGCACAAAAAAAUGAAGAAGCCGUUGUAAGCAGCACAAGUAAUGAUGAGCCAGAAACUACUAAUUCUUUAAAAACCAUAACAGUACCUAUGAAGCCGCUAAGAAAGCUGAAUCUAAAAAAAAUAAAAGCCAAAUUUGCAAAGUCUAAAACACCAAUAGAUCAUCAGUCAACCCACAGCAAAGUAAAAUUAGAAGAUUUAUGUACUGAUUUACCUACACCGUCAGCUAUGAGCGUCACUAGUGAUGUACCAAGCAGUUCUAAAGAUGAUACAUUAACGUCUAAUGCCAAUAUAAUGAAUAUUUCACCUACUGUGUCAGUUAAAGGAAUAGAUGAAUCCCUUUUAUUACUUGAUGAUGUCGAUGAUGAAGUAAACAAUUUAAAUCUCAAAUCUGAAGAAGAUUUGCUCAGAGAGAUUGAUAAUUAUCUUUCAGAUUAAUACAUGAUAAGUUAAAAACUCUAUUUACAUAGUAAUUUUAGUAGCAUAUCUUUUAAGAACAAAUAUAUAUUUAUUUUCAUUUACUAAA